CUCUCAUUUUCUAUAAGUUCUCUUCUUCUAUAAAUCAAUCUCUGACUCCGUGCUCUUUCUGAAAAUUCGUAAAGUUUGAAACUUUCGUGGUAUAUAUCGUCGUCGUCACUGAUUGUGACAUUCAAAACAAAACCCAAAUAAAAAGAUUAAUCCUUUCUUCACCUACAACAAAUUCUGGCCAUGAAAGCAAACUCACCCGAGCUUUAAAUGCUAAGUAGCGAAACAUCCCAUCUCCUCUCUUCCUCUCUCUCUCUCUCUCUCUCUCUCUCUCUCUCUCUCUCUAUCUCUUAAGCACUAAGCAAAAUCCCAUCUUUUCUCUCUGUAGUAAUCCUAUAUAAAGCCUCUCUCCAAGCUCUGUUUUUGUUAUCUGGGUUCUCUUCGUUUACGCAUAAGGGUUAAGUAUGUCGUCUUCUUCUUCUUCUUCUUCUUCUUCUUCUUCUUCUUAUAGAUUCCAAUCUGGGUUUUGUCCUCUUUCGUCAAGUCCUUCUCUUGGGAAUUUCGUCGAACGGAUUAAAGACGCUUGUCAUUUCCUCGUCUCUGCUGUAUUGGGGACCAUUAUCUCUGCGAUCUUGACCUUCUUCUUCGCUUUAGUGGGCACAUUGCUAGGCGCACUUACAGGAGCUUUGAUAGGCCAAGAAACUGAGAGUGGUUUCAUUAGAGGAGCAGCAAUUGGAGCCAUUUCAGGAGCUGUUUUCUCUAUUGAGGUCUUUGAAUCAUCUCUCGAUCUCUGGAAAUCCGAUGAGUCAGGUUUCGGAUGUCUUCUCUAUUUGAUUGAUGUCAUUGUUAGUCUUCUAAGCGGGAGACUUGUACGGGAACGCAUAGGUCCUGCAAUGCUAAGUGCGGUGCAAAGUCAAAUGGGAGCUGUGGAUUCAUCCUUUGAUGAUCAAAUAAGCCUCUUUGAUACAGGAGGCUCAAAAGGAUUGACAGGAGACCUGGUUGAGAAAAUCCCAAAGAUGACAAUUACUGGUACAAAUAACACAGAUGCUUUUGAGAACACAGACUCUUGUUCUGUUUGUCUUCAGGAUUUCCAGCUUGGUGAAACAGUUAGAAGCUUGCCUCAUUGUCAUCACAUGUUUCACUUACCCUGCAUAGACAAUUGGCUCCUCAGGCAUGGUUCUUGCCCAAUGUGUAGACGUGACCUUUAAUCUCUCUCUCUCUCCCCGUUGUCCAUCUCUCAUAAUGGAGUCAAACCGCGCAGUUCAGAUAUAUCUACAGCUCGUACCACAAGAGCCGGCUCUGCUCCUCUUCCUCUUCCACAACUUUCAUGUAAAUUACAGUUCCUUUUGGCUGUUUACAUUACCGCACCUCUCUUUUUCUUUCUGAGUCUUUUGUAGGACUCCUAGUUCUCUAAUGUUAUGUUUUAGUUAGCCCUUGUACAAAGAAACACACAAAAAUAGAGUUUUUGUUUACCUAAUUAUUUAUUCUGGCUAAAGAUUGUGUCA